AUGUAUUUCCUUCUCAGUCUCUUCUUCGUCCCAUUCACCAGCGCCGUCAUCGGUGGUGACUUGAACUGCACCUCUUACAACGGAACUGCGUUCGUCUACACUCCAGCUGCCGUUGCCUGCUCCAACGCCAUCUCCGACUCCUCUUGCGCCGUCCUUUACGCUGCUCCAGAUACUUUGUACCCAGCUGCUGGAAACGAUGCCGAGAGAGCUUAUGCCUGCUACACCACUGCCACCGCCACGCCAGCCGCAGUUGUUGCUGAUAUGAAAUCUGCCGCGCUCGCUAACUGCGCCAAGACCUGCGGAUUCUGCUGCCAGACUGAUGCCUACAACUGCCCGAAUGUUCAAUUCCCACGUCUCAAUUGCGCAACCAUCACCAAAUCCCAAUGUGACUCUGUCACCUGGAGAACCAUCAUUGCCGCUGAUUGCCCAUCCGCCUGUGGAUUCUGUGCCCAAGGAGGAUGCGUCGACGCCGUCACCAACUGCGCCAAUGACGUAUCCAUCUGUAGAACCGUUGGAAUGGAAUCAUUCGUCAGCCAGUACUGCCAAAGAACUUGCGGAUUGUGCCCAUCGACCACUGCUGCUUCUGGAACUGUCACUUCAACUGCUUCAUCCGGAACUUGCACUUCUUACACUGCUGACUCCACUACUUCAUGCUCCGCCUGGGCUGCCAACGGAUUCUGCACAAACACCUUCUACACUCUCGCUCAACGCAGAUCCAGAUGUGCUACUACCUGCAGACUCUGCUAA